UCGACAUAAUUGCGAUCAAAUCAGUUUCGGUUACGGUCUCUAACGAAUACUAAGGUCCUAAGACCAAAAUGAUUCCUACUUUCGUGCUCUUCGUUUUAAGCAUAGCAGAGAUGCAUGCUCAUGCUGCUCCUCAAGAUGAACUAAUUCCUCAGAAUUAUUAUAAUCCACCACCGGACGUACCUCCAACUUCACACCCUCCUUCAGCAGCAACAGCUGACGCACCAUUUGCGUACCAAGGGUAUCCACCCAACUUCUACCCCGGGAAUACACCUCGAAGUCCCCCGUUCUACUCUAGCUUCAAAAAUCUCAACUACCCCGUUCAUCCGAUUCCUAACAAUCCCGCCCCAAAAGCCCCAUUAUCUCAACCAGUACAACCUGUUCCAGUUCAAGUACCUAUAACACAAAGUGUUCCAAUAGCAACCCCACUUCCACUCUUACCUCAGCCCACUGUACCAAAUGUUCUAAUACCAAUAAAUACAGCUCAGGCAACAACCUACAGUAGCAAUGCGUCCAGACGAAUUUUUAGACGCAGAGCGCCUAAAAGUGGGUCUAACAGUUAUAGUUACAUUUACAUAUCUGGCUAUGGCUCCGCUUCAGCUAGUGGAAACAAGUUAGCAACUAGCUCUGGUGGAAACACAGCUGGAUGGACUUCAGGAUCUGGCCCAGGAUUAGGAUCUGGCACAAACACUGGAGGAAACACAGGAGGAACUAGCUCUGGCUCUGGUUCAGGAUCACGCUCAGGCUCAGGAGCAUGCUUAGGCGCAGGAUCAUGUUCGGGCAAAGACUCAGGCAAAGGGCCAGGUUCAUGCUCAGGCCCAGGAUCAUGCUCAGGCUUAAGAUCAGGCUCCGGCUCAAACUCAUGCUCAGGUGCGGGAUCAUGCUCAGGCUCAGAAUCAGGCUCAGGCGCAGAAUCAUGCUCAGGCGCAGCAUCAUGCUCAGGCUCAAGAUCAGGCUCAGGUAAAGGAUCAUGCUCAGUCGCAGGAUCAUGCUCAGGACCAGGUUCACUAGCUCUGGUGGAAAAAUAUUAGGAACUAGCUCUGGCUCUGGCUCAGGCUCAGGCUAAGGCUCAUCUCAGAGGAAGCAGUACAAGGGGAACUAGCUCUGGAUUAGAAAAAACUAAAUUUUGUACGAUUUCAAUCUAUAGAUCCGUAUAAGGCUUUCAAUUCAGUUAUCGAACCAUACCCGCAAUAAAAAGGCAAACUGUGCAUUUGCUUCAGUAACUACUUACAGAUUCCAGCCAGCAGUCAUUCGCAAUCAAUUUAGAUUUUACUAACCCGACAUUUAUAAGUAAGCAAGCAUUUUAAAAAUCAAUCUAUGUAUUGAAUCAAAAAUAUUAAUAAAUCAAUAGAGCAAU